AUGCUUCAGGCAAUUGGAGGCCCUGUGCCUCCGAAUACCGCCCAUGCUGUCAGUGUGUCCCUUCCCACAUGGAAGGCCAACAUUGGCUACGAAGAAGGGGAGGAAUGGGUCGUGAGUAAAAUGAAAUGUGGAUAUCCCAGAUUUUUUGUCCAUCCAAGCAUCCAAAAGCUGUCGCAAGAGAUUGUACGUCGAUGUGGGAAUCCAGAAGUCGAGUCCGCAACGCUAUUUCCCUCUCUGAAGACUGCGCGGGUGUGCCGUUCGUUCAUGGUGACGAGGGUACUGCCUGAUGACGUCAAUAAAGUGCGGAUUGUGAGCUUCGUUCCGUCCCCUGGGGCUGCUUCAGCGGUAGCAGGUGCUGAUGGAAGCCUUGAUGUCACGUCGAAACUCUUCUGUGUUAUAUACCCCAAGGUAUAUGCUGGCAUUGCUAAACAAGUAUGGCAACAUACUGGCGACGGCAUCUCAAGCCGCAGGAGUGAAUUUUGCUUGAAUGCUUUGGAAGAUGGAUACCUUGUCGAGGAUGACCAAACCAAGCCAUUAGAUACGAAAGGCCAGACGUUCUCCAAGGGCCCCAAAAGGUAUCAGCAGAUGACUUCUGUGCAGGGACCUGCACGAGAAGUUACGCUGUCUGCUACCAGGGAGCCUGGCUUCAAUUCGAGGGACAAGGACGUGUCCGAGGGUCGGGAAUAUGCACAAUUUAUUGAGGAACGUUUCGGACGUAAUUUGAGCACUUCUCUAGCGAAUAAUGCUAAGUUAGCCAUCCGAAGACGAAUAGCCGGUUCGCUUACAGCUAAUGUUGAGCUGAGCGAAGCCCUGGAGAGCACCUCUUCUGGCGGCAGAAUCGCAGGUUUAACGGAAAAUGAUGUGUUCCUCUUUCCUACGGGCAUGAGCUCUAUCUUCAACACCCACCAGAAUCUGAUGGUCGCUAGGGGUCCCUUGAAGAGUAUAUGUUUCGGCUUCCCGUACACUGACACCUUGAAAAUCCUCGAGAAAUGGGGCCCAGGAUGUUUAUUUUACGGACAUGGUUCUUCCGAAGAUCUCGAUGAUCUUGAACGUCGAUUGCUAAAUGGUGAAAGGUUCCUGGCUUUAUUUACAGAAUUUCCGGGGAAUCCCUUGCUCAAAUCGCCUGAUCUCAAGCGCAUAAGUGCGCUUGCUCAGAAGUAUGACUUCGCGGUAGUGGUGGAUGAAACUGUCGGCAAUUUCAUUAAUGUUAACGUACUUCCACAUGCGGAUAUUGUCGUCAGCAGCCUAACCAAAAUCUUCAGUGGCGACAGUAAUGUCAUGGGAGGAAGUGCUGUUCUCAACCCUCAUGGGCGCUUCUAUAACAGCUUGAAGGCAACCUUCUCGUCGGAAUAUGAAGACAAUCUUUGGGUCGAGGAUGCUGUCUUCCUUGAGAGAAAUAGCCGUGAUUUCGUAUCAAGAAUCGAGAAAAUCAAUACAACGACCGAAUCUAUCACCGCAAUUCUCAAAUCCUCUCCUCUUGUCAAAGAGGUCUACUACCCCAAGUAUAGCCCGACGAAGUCAUUUUAUGACUCUUGUCGCAAUCCAAAUGGCGGUUAUGGCGGUCUGUUUUCGGUAACCUUUCAUACGACUGAGGCAACGAUAGCUUUCUUCGAUGUUCUUGAAGUUUUGAAGGGUCCUAGUCUUGGGACAAACUUUACUCUCAGCUGCCCCUACACGCUACUAGCCCAUUACAACGAACUUGAAUGGGCAUCUUCUUUCGGUGUUCCAUCUGAUUUGGUAAGGGUUAGUGUAGGGCUAGAGGAUGCGGAAGAUCUCGGUGCCAGGAUUCAGCGAGCUCUCCAUGCAGUGCAGAGCGCCACAUGA